CCGCAAUAUCAACUGUGAUAUCUAAACGCCUACCGCAGACGAAAUUUAUUUCAUGAGAAGCAAGUGGUUGAUCUCCACCCUCAUCCCUUCCUGGAAGUUAAACUGGCUUUUAUAUGCCUAAAUCCAGCACUGAACACCGAGAACCCUUCUGAAAACACCUGAAGUCGCGAAAAAACAACAUUGGCCUUGUUUGGAGCUGACAUUCACCGACAUAAACAAGAUGGGAUGUAAGGUGCUGUGUCCCAGUUUUGCUCUCCUUGCUUAUCUUAUGAUCUGUGAACAUGUCCGAGCACAGUGUACACAGUCAUCUUUUGGACCAAGAAAUGUUAUUGUAACAGCAGACCAUCUCUCGACCCAAAGUUUCGCAGAUGGAGUCACUGUAACAAUUCAGUGUAUGGUUGGAUAUAAGCCAGCUGGCUCAAAAGCGUCUAAAUCGGUUACCUGUAAGGGAAACCAGUGGGUAAAUCUGGAUUUGAGUUGCACAAAGAAAUCGUGUGGCGCUCUUCCAGAUAUCAUGCAUGGGAGAUAUGAAAUGAGUGGAAAUUUAUUUGGCGACACAGCUAAACCAGUUUGUGACACAGGAUACGUGUUGGCGGGUCAGGAAAUAACAAGGGUUUGCCGAGAACAGGGAUGGGAUGGCCGAGAUGCUGUCUGUGAACCUGUGAAAUGUCCAUCACCUCCAUCCAUUGAAAAUGGGCAACUUGUAGAUGUGCCUUUGGACUAUUAUGAUUAUUCACAAGCAGUCAGCUAUAGAUGUAAUGGAGGAUUUGAUAUUAUAGGACAUUCAACAAUUCAUUGUUCUGAAGAUGGAACCUUUAAACCAGAUCCGCCAACAUGCUUUGAUGGGUGUCCAGCACCUAUAGUUCCUAAUGCAAAAAGAAUCGGUGGAAGAUCACCCCCAUACAAAAGGAAUCACUUUACUGAAUACAAAUGUGAUGAUGGCUAUACAAUGAAAGGAGAAGGUUAUAUUGUGUGUAAAGAAAAUGGAUGGAGCCCUGAACCACCACAAUGCAUUGCCCUACCUACAACUACGACUGCCACAACUCUUGCAACUUCCACAACUUCCACAAGUCGCGCAACUUCCACAAGUCGCGCAACAUCCAAGGCUGUACCUAAAAACAAUGGAGACACAGCGGGUGAAAGACCGGGAGACACAGCGGGUGAAAGACCGGGAGACACAGAGGAAGAAAGACAAGGCAUGUCUCCAUGGCUAAUAUCAUUUAUUGUGGUAGCUGUUGGAGUAGCUACUGGAGGCCUUUUUUAUGGUGGAUACCGGUAUACACAGAAACGCUCAAAACACCAGUAUUCUGGCAAGGUGGAGUCUAAUAAUCUUGAUGUAUUAUAAUCACCUUUAAAUCCAUGGUAAUCAUGAAGUUGUCCUUGAGAGAAUCCAAGUGAAGCAUCCUUCAGAUAUAUAUAGUUUAUAUAAGCACUUACCUGAAUCCGCCAGUCGACCAAUUUCCCGCAGCAAAUUCCUCCAUAAUCAGACCCACUGUUGCUUAAAAAGAAAAGCCUCAUCUUAAUUUGAACAAACUCCUUUUCUAGCAGUCGCUAACUUUGUCCCAUUCUGUACUCUGAAACUGCUCUGUCUUCACAGAAGUCAGGUUGAUUUCACUUUUAUAAAGUGUUUUUGUCAUUUUUAACUUAAUUUUUAACACUGUUGAUUCAGGGAUCACUUUUCUCUUAAUGAUAAAGUUGCUGUUACUCGUCCUGAAAACAACUGAAAGAUUCACACCAAAAAGUGCACUGACUGUCCCUUAUCUCACCGAUUUUAGUUUAGGGCUACAUUUAGCCUGAAUGUUCAUCUAGACAUAUCUGAUUUAAAAGGAUUGUCUAUAUUCAUAACUUUUCCAUAGUAUUUGUGAAGCCACAAAUAAACCAAAUCUGGUUAGUUUUGCCUGGUAAAAUUCAUUUUAAUAAACAGCAUGUGCAUAUUAAGCAUCCAGUAAAUAUUCUGAAGAGUGUGAUUUGAAGUGCAGAUUUUAAAUGAAGUAGUAAGUGUUAUCUAAUCCUGCUUAAGUACUUUAAGUGCCUUUUCAUCCUCAAGGGUGUUUUUUUUUUUUUUCCCCCCAGUGUUGUUUAACUCUAGGUUCUAACUAUUACUGCUUUCAAUAUCAAUUUUUUAUUAUUAUUAAUAAUUACAGAAUUUUUUUAUGUACUCCAGGUCAAACACAUACAAAGACCUAAUUGCUUUUUCUUGAGCAUUACAUUUUUUUGUUUGUUUGUUUCUAGGGGAAAGGGAAGAAUAAGAGGUUUGCUUUAAAAUGUUAUCAACAUGCACUAGCCAAAUGGUGACUCUUUGAUGCAGCAAAGCUGAGCAGACAUACUACUGAUUAUAUAUCCACCUCUUGCAACUCUGUAUUUGCCUAGAUGUUUUCCACAAAUAAAAAGAGAAUAACAUAGUUCUUAUUAA